AUGGGACUCAGUAUGGAUGGCGACUUUGUUGCCGCCGCAGCUCCAGUAAUGAGCGCCAUGGCGGGACUUAAAAAGCCAGAAUUACACGACGUCGAGGGUCGUAGAAAAUUCUCUUCUGGCAUGGUACCGAUUAAACCGACGGCUAAAGGGGUUGGUGUUGAAAAGUAUACCAUUUCAGCGUCGGAUGGUCAUCAACUUUUGAUAUACCACUAUAAGAGAGGGGACACUAUGGAUCAAGCUUCUCCCGCGCCAGCAAUUGUUUUGUUAAAGGCAGCCGACUUUCGCCUCGAUAGUUCCUCUAUUUCCGUUAUGGGUGAAAGUGCUGGUAGGAAUCUAGCAGCCGCAGUCGCUCUGUUAGCGCGAGAUCGAGGAUUGGCUCCGCCUCUAGUAAAGCAAAUCUUGAUCUACCCUAUAUUAGAUGACCGAAAUUCAUUAAAGGGCAUUAGACCCACAGCAUAUCUAGGGCAUGAACUAGGGCGAUCUAGAGUGCUAAUGUUCGCAGCACCCGCUCGUGCGGAAAGUGUUAAGGGUUUGCCUCCUCUUUACCUAGAUGUUGAACAGCUUGAUCUGUUUAUGCUCAAGGAUCUGGAGUAUGCUAUAAGGUUUGUAAAUGCUGGUAUUGAAACGGAACUGCAUGUCUACCCAGGUUUACUACACGGCUUUGAUGCGCUUGUGCCUAGCUAUCCCACGAGCAAAAUGGCGAUGGAGAAUAGGUUUAGGGCUAUUCGAAAACUAAACCGCGAUUCUUAUGUCAAUAGCGUGUCUAUUAGCACUCGAUUUGAAAAUCUUUAG